AUGUCUUCGUCUGGUGCAUCGCCGCCAAAGCGUGGAAGGCCAAGAGAUGAGAUAGGAUUUGUGCGUAUAAAAUUAAAGGACGUACAUGAGAUGUGGAUUACGAGAAAAGAUUCUAUUGGAUUCUCAACGAAGACACAUAGUGAUUUUGCACGGCACUUGCUUCUGAAUUUUUGCGAAGACGAGCCUUUGCAAUCAAUGGAAUCUCCAGGCGAUGGUAAAUACUACAUAUUUGUUAUUUAAUAAUGCAAUUAAUUUCUUUAUAUUUUAAAAUGAUUUGUUAUCUACGUCCUAUAUGAUCAUAUAUUUUGUAUAUUACACUUCAGAUCGACCCUUGCCAUAUGUUCUGUCUUCAACACCUGUUGGUAAAGGCAAACCUGAUCGAAAUUUGUGUUUGUCACCCAUUGUCCAUGAGACUGACAAUGACAUGUGAGUGUUGAAAAUAAUAGAACGUAAGGAAUGCGGUGGAUAUUAUCCUUUAAAUGCUUUAAUAGUAGUGCCUUGUUGCCGAAUAUGAUGUCACAUUACUGUGUUCUUCCUUGACCUUGAAUAACAGAAUAAGCCAGUAAGGGGCUGUUUAUAUCGAAGCCAGGCUGAUCGGCCAGGUAAGCAGGAUAAAUGUCUCUUCUGUUUAUAUGAGAAACUUUUAUACUGCUUGCCAGGAAAAUUUUUUUUUGACAGUUAAAAAUAGCUUGCAGCGGCAUCUUUGAACUGUCAUCCCUGCAACCGGGCCAGCUUGUUUGUUCGUGUUUAGAUAGAGAAAUCUUUAUUCUGGCAAGUGACAUCUCACCUCUUUCAAAUGGUAAUUUUUACUAUAAAAAUAACUGCACAGUGAGAUCUCACCACAGUAUAGGGAGACGACCAGUAGCGCCACUUAGGAGAGAAAAGUGGGAAUUAUUUAAGCUAGGUCCCAGGUGUCUUACACGGCCAAAACAUUACUCUGUAAUACAAUUUUAUAGUGAACUGCUGUCGUUGGCUGCCAAUAUGUAAAUUAGGUUGGCAGCCAGUAAACAAUGUGGACACUUUUUUACGCUGAGUGGCCCUACUGUUGUUUUCCUAUACUGUGAUCUCGUUUACCAGGCUGUCUCCUGACUAAGAAGGCCAACCCGGUUCCAUACAAAGUCUUGAGUUAUAUAGCAACUGGUAUACUGUAUAUUGUAUCUUAUCUAUUUUGUUCUUUAUUAUCGUUUGGCUCAUUUUGGCUAUUUCACAUAGUUGGACGUGCUCCUGUCAUGAGAGCUACUACCAAAAUGAAACCAGGCUUACUGGAAAUCAGGGUUAAUGUAAUUUACUUUCCCAAACAGAGCCAUGGAUGUUGCACCUAUAUCUGCUAGUCUUGACGUGAGCAGAAUUGAGAGUCUUUCCAUAUCUAUCAAUCCUGAAUUUUGA